AUGAAACACAGCAUCUUUCAGUGUGAGCACCCUGAGAGGGGGUCAUGGGUCCUGCAGUGUGAGCACCCUGAGAGGGGGUCGUGGGUCCUGCAGUGUGAGCACCCUGAGAGGGGGUCAUGGGUCCUGCAGUGUGAGCACCCUGAGAGGGGGUCAUGGGUCCUGCAGUGUGAGCACCCUGAGAGGGGGUCAUGGGUCCUGCAGUGUGAGCACCCUGAGAGGGGGUCGUGGGUCCUGCAGUGUGAGCACCCUCAGAGGGGGUCUGUUAGCAACCCUGAGAGGGGUCCUGGGUCCUGCAGUGGGGCACCGGCUCAGAGGGGGUCAUGGGUCCUGCAGUGUGAGCACCCCUCCAGAGGGGGUCAGGGUCCUGCAUGUGACACCCUCAGAGGGGUCCUGGUCCUGCGACGUGUGAGCACACACUCAGAUGGGGUCGUGGGUCCUGUGCGUGUGAGCACCCUCAGAGGGUCAAGGGUCCUGCAGUGUGAGCACCCUGAGAGGGGGUUCCGUGGUUCCUGGGAGGGAGUGCUCCUCGCUCUCCUCAGCUGCAUUCACGGCGUGUGUAAAAGUGUUCCGAGUGACUCCACAUUAUUCUUGUCUCACUGA